AUGGACGCUCGGCGAACAGGAAUGGUGCAGAACAGAUUGGUGCUGGGACCGGCCCAGAUCACCCUGGAGGCUUGUGGAGGCAGCUUCAACUGCCUCUCCGCGGGCUGUGGGGGAUGCUUGCCCUUGUGCUCCGCGGAGAGCCGGCCCGGCGCGCACGGCACGAGGGCGGCCGGCCGCCGCAGCCGCCUAUUGAGCCCCGAGGGGCGCCGCCGGGCACCGCCGCCGAGGCCGUCGCCGCCGCAAGGCUCCCUUUUCGCUGCGCCUUCGACGCGAUGCCGAGCCGACUCGGCGCCCGACUCCGGCCCGAGGUCUCGAGGUCUCGAGGCCCGAUGCCCCAGGCGUUCUCAAUCAAGGACGCGCUCCAGGCGUUCUGGAGCGAGAAGAACGCCCCCGAGGGGAAGAGCACCCCGAAGGGGAAGUGCACCCCGGACGCGGGGAGCAACCCAGAGGCGAAGGUGGGGCGGUGGCACUGCACGUACUGCGGUUUCUGGAACAACCCGACCAACGCGAUCUGCGGCGGCAACGGCCCGAUGGGCUGCAAGGAGGUCAAGGCGGACGGCCACAAGCGGCCGCCCCUGGAG